AAUUUUCUUAGCAUGGCAGAGUGAAGGUCCGUACCUCAGAAGAGGAAAAAGCUAGGAAAGAAAAGGAACGCCAAGAGAAGCUAAAAGUGUUUAAACAUGCAAUGCAAAAGAUUCAGUUCAAGAGAAAACAAAAUGAGCUGGAUAAAGAACUACUUGACCUCACAGGAAAGGUUCUGACCUCAAAUCCCGAUGUUUACACACUAUGGAAUAUACGGAGAGAGAUUAUUAUACAAUUUAGGCAAAAUGGAGAAUGUGAAGAUUUAUCCAAACUAUAUGAUGAUGAGCUGCAACUAACAGAGUAUUGCUUGAAAAUAAAUCCCAAAUCAUAUUGUGCAUGGCACCAAAGAGAAUGGGUGCUAACUACAAGAUCUGACCCAGACUGGCAGAGGGAGUUAGAUGUUUGUAAUAAAUACCUAAAGUUUGAUGAAAGAAAUUUUCACACUUGGGACUAUAGAAGAUUCGUAGUGUCUCAAUGCAAGCCGUCACUAAAAGAAGAAUUUGAUUUUACAACUGAGAAAAUACAUGACAAUUUUUCAAACUAUUCUGCCUGGCACUACAGGAGUAAGAUGUUAGUUGAAUUGUAUCCUGAUUUGGAAGGUGGGCGACCCAUUGAAGAUGGCCACCACAAGCAUGAAUUGAAACUAGUUCAAAGUGCAGCUUUUACUGAUCCUGAUGAUACUAGUGCUUGGUUCUAUCAGAGGUGGUUAUUAGGUGCAGUAAAAACAACAAUAAGUCCGGUUGUCUGCACUGUGAAACCAUCGAUGACUACCGUAGCAUUCAGCAACCAUGUGCCCUUGGACAUAGUGAGAUCUAGGACCAACUUGUACAUCAACGACACUCCUUUGGAAGGCGAUUGGGUGUCUUGUACCGGCAGUCAGUACGAUCUUCUAUGGAUACUCAGACAUAAUAGAGAAAUCACUGAUGAUUUGGAUAUCAGGGUAGAAUAUGAAGUAGAUACUAACGAAAAACAAAUUAUAAAAUGCGUUAAAGUCGAUACAUGUGAAUACAUCGGCAAAAACGAAAUCAGCUUUCAGAAGCAGUAUUCUAAACCUGUGAUAGAAGAGCUGAACAACCAACUCGUAGCAUGUCGACAACUGCUGGACAUGGAGCCCGAUAAUAAAUGGACCCUUCUAACCACCACCGUCUUCCUAUAUUGUAUCAACGCUGAACUCUACCACGAUGAAGCUAUCAAAAAUCUUCACGAACUGAAGAAAAUAGACAAGUUAAGAUCUGGUUAUUAUGACGACUUAAUUACGAAAUGGAGCAUCGAAGCAAAACUAUUGUUUGAUUACAAAUCGAAUGACAAUGAGUGUGAAGUGAAGUUUGAUAAUAAGAUAACGAGCUUGCCGUAUCUCCAGUAUUACAGUUACUGCAAAGUUGUAGAUUUAUCUAAUCAGAGUCUGUCGUCUAAUAUUUUGCCGUCGCUAGUGGUUCUUCAACAUUGUAAGGUACUAAAUUUAGCUAACAACAAAUUGACAACAUUAAAAGGUUUCCCGACCCUGGAUUUGAAGGAGCUGAUUUUAGAAGGCAAUCACGAUUUGGAUAAAAAUGAAGAGCUUCUUAGUUUAAUCAAGAAAAACUGCAACUGCGAGAUAUUUAUAUAAAUUAUUGGUAGAUAGAAUAGGGAUUGUAUACAUGUAAUAUAUUUAAAAAACAUUUUAUGCUUUAGGGAUUCACCUAAUUAUCUAUUCUAUACAUAUAAGUAAGUAUAUUAUGUAUUUGCUAAGCUAAACUUUUAAGUAGGUAAUGAGCAGUGAUUGUUAAUUUUCCAGCAAUUUUGGUGCAGCAUAGUAAAAAUAAAGGAUUUUCUUCAAUUUUUUUCUAGGGAGAGGAUUGAUUAAGGUUAAUAUUACUGUUAUUAACCCUAAUUAUCUAUUCCACCUAGAGUAGGGCAUACAGAUGCUUUUAACCAACAAUCAAAUGCUGCACCAAAAUUGCUGGAAAAUUAACGAUCACUGGUAAUGAGCUAUCAUGUAAAUAGAUACUAUAGACUCUAUAGAGGUUGUUUGUUAGUGAUGAUAUGGAUCAAAGUAAAAAUAAAGGUACAUUUAAAUCAUUUAUUUUCAGUAUAUGUUAACAUUCUAGAAGUACAUUUGCUUAACAUAAAUCUAGUUGAACACUGUUGUCCUUAAUAUACGAUGCAGCAAAUUAAUAUGUGGCUGUGUUAAUAAAAUAGCUAAAAAGAAUACAGUCUUAAAGUCUAAAUAAUAUGUCAGGGUUGCGUCAUUAACUGAUUUAUGCAUCACAAAAUGGUGUAGUGUAGGGUACUGGGGUUAUUCCGAUAGGAAAAUAAUUGCUAUUGGGCGAGUUUAGUUGAGAGCACUGUUGGACUCAUCAUAAGACUUAGUGGUGGUCGUUGAUUCAACGAACUUAGGGUCAGUUGGUUGCACCAACAGUUAACAUGUUGAUCAACGUCACGCAGCAUAGAUCUAUGAAAGAAUUCUUAGCGAACUUUUUAACGGUGACAUACAGUUUGGUGCAACCGACUCUUGAUCGCUCGUCAACGAACGAAACGUUUCGUGCAACUGCUUUAACUACUUGAAUUUUAACCUUUUCGACGCCGUGUCAAACACAAAAGCAGUCACCCGACGCCACGUCACCGAAGUGUCAAAACUGAAAUUAAACUUUAUGCAUAUGCACGUAGGUCUAUGUUGCUCUGUGGUAUGUGACCGAGUAAUCAGUAUUUGGCGUUGAACCGGCGGUGCAGAUAUAUCGGUCAUUGGCGUCCAAAAGGUUAACAUAAAACAAAAUGAAUGGUUAUGAAAGUACUAUAUACUUUAUACGACUUCCAAGAUAAUUGGUAAAGCAUAUGAGACGAAAAACUCCAAAUAGCAGUUUGAUCAUUCCGUUGAUGGGCUAACCCUAACACACCUUUAUUUAUAUUUUUAUUUUAGUAAUAAACCCCGUUUCAAAAGUGGCUGAACGAUUUUGCACCUUAUUAUUUUGUUAAUUUAAUUUGUAACUCGUCACUGCCGUGAUAGGUGAAGAUACGCAACUCUGACUCGAGGAAAAAAUAUAAGUAAAACUAAAAUAUAACAACUACCUGUUUUAAAAGUUACCUGUGGUUAGUGUUACACCAAAGAUUUACAUUUUACUUAACAUAUAUUAAUAUGCGUAAAUAUAUUAUAUUAAUACCUUAUUUCAUAGAUAGUUAUUGUUGUCUACAACUGAAAAACUCAUUGGCAACAAUGCUUACAGCUUUCAUAAGUGGCUUAUACUUUUUAAAAGGGCAUACCACGAGAAUGUCGCUGUACUGUUUGUGCCAUGUAUGGCAGCUAUUGCAAUCAAAUGCGGAAAACUCAUGGAUAUACUUACUGCCAAUUUGCUAGCAAAGUAAUUAAAUAUUUCCAGUAGGUAACAGUUUUAGUUCAAUUCUCUGUUAUUAUCGCUUUCUCAGCAUUUCAAAAGUAGGUAUUAGAAAAAUGGCAUUUCGUAAGCGAAAGUCUUGUGGAAUGCCCGUAACAUGGAUUCUAAAUAGGAAAAUUCUAUGUAAAUCAUACUGGAAAAUUCACUUUUCAGACCUGUAAAUAUACACCUACUUAUAAACUAAAUGGUUUGUUUGAUAAAGAGAGACUUGAAAUAUAAGUACUUACAUAAUUGUUUGCAAUACUUAUAACACUUUAAACUCUCGCGUUUUGUACACAUCACCAGUUUCGGACCAGUGUACGGAUACUGUGAGUGUUGCGUGUCGUGCCGUGGACAAUAAACAUUAAACUUUAACGGGUAGCUGCAAUUUCUUGGACUACCCCAAACAUUUUUAUAAACUAAUUUCGGGUAGUUUAGUGAUGUUUUAUUAAUAUCUCUGUUGACAUUUGUUGGGACGUCAGUCUUUCCGUGACCACAGCUGGUGCAACUCAGCUGAAACGUCGGAAUUAAAGGUAAAAACAAUGAAAUUAUAUCGCGGUAGACCGCGGUAGAAUCGCGGUAGAAUUAAAUAUACAUAAUUGUUGAUUUUUUUUUAUAUUAACAAUCCUUUGUCCUUUUUUUUAUAAAACCGUAUUUGGAUAUACCUAAAAGGACUCUUUAUAAUACAUAGGUACAAUCAAUCUUACAAUAUUGUACAUUUUUCCUUAAUCAAAUGUUUUGGGACCAAACAAAUAUGAUGUUCACCAUAGACAUUAGCUUAUUAAUUUAAAUUGAUUAAUAUUCGUGAAUCAUAUGCUUUAACGCUUAAGUAUAAUAUAUAGUGAUUAUGAUUAACUAUCUAAAAUAUAUUACAUACACAUAUUAUAAUAGGCAAUAUAUUAAUGUUUGAAUAAACAAUUUACUUUAAAACAGUAAUGCAUUUAAUAUCAAUUUGUACCAUAGUAAAUUUAUUCUCAGAUGCUGAGUUUUAUCAUAUUUAAAACUAGUUCACUAACAGGUUUUAAACAGUCAUCUUCAUCCCAAAAUAACUUGCCACAUAGCUCACACAAUACUGCAGGUUUUCCAGAGGAAGAAAGUUGUUCAACAUUACUUAUUUCAACAGACACACCCUUGCUAGUGAGGCAAGUUGCCUUCAGCACCAGCUUAUGCAUUGGUUGAAAGGAAUCUUCAUCACAAUCGGAAUCACUAUUAAAUCUAUCAUAAAACUCUUCAUCUUCAUCAUAAUCACUGGCAUAUGCCUUAUUGUUAACUUGAAUAGCCUGUGAAGCUUGAUACUCAUUACAAAUUUUAAAUACCUCAUCAACUGCCAAAUUCUUCAAAGUUUUGCCAUUACAUAACAAACAACGA